AGAUAGAUAUCGUCUCUCUCUUUCAUCUCUUUCAUUUAAAUCAACAUACAAAUGUAAAUAUACAUUUUCAACUAAAUAACUAUUUAAUUGCAGUGGAGUUAAUUCACCUGUUAUGAAUUAACCCUCUGCAAAAUUAGAUUCAUCGGUUGAGGGUUUUAAACCACUGUUCGCAGUGACCUUUUCUCAAAUACCUACAAUAUGAGCAUGUUCAUAACAACACUGAAAAGCAACAUUGAGCUCCGAAAACAACGAUAAUCAUCUGUAUUCGUUGUCCAAAGGAAACCACCUGAUGAGCGCAAACUAAAGCUUCCACAAUGGAGGCGAUUGCAGAACGACAAGGUGCGGACACCGCUGAGUUUAAGCGUGGAAAAGAGGAUCCGCUCUCCUCCACGAGUUCCACCUCAGUCCACGUCAGAAAAGCACCGCGUGGUCUCUCGCAGCGGUCGCGCUGAUUUAACAAAGGGCGCUGCAGCAAAGCCGCGGUUGGCCCACACGGCCGUGGAACACAUCCGUGUAAAAUGUCGCACUGCUGACACACUGGACCACAUGAGGGAUCACUUGACUUUUCUGAAGCUCGUAGAGAUGUGAUAAUUGCAAUAAUUAGGCGUGUUUUAUAGACCGACGCAUUUAGUUUUUUUUUCGUCCUUUUGUCCCUCAAGGAAAAGCUUUGUCCCAUUUUUGCAUUUCCUUACUCCGCAUCCCAUGAAUGGUUUGAUCAUUACAUGUCCAGAAUAAACAGGCAAAACUUAUAUACCUCACAAUAUUCAACAGGACACGUUUGUUACAAUCAGAAUUUCUCCUUCAAACAGGCCAACAAACACGUCAAGGGAGUGAUUUUAUGAAGAUGUAAAUUAAAAUAAGUAAACAUCACGCUCUUUUUGUGGCAGAGAGGUUUUAAAUUGGUAUUUUAAUCCAUAUUCUCUCUCAUUGCACUUUUAACUCUCAAGACACUGGGCAGUAAAAAAAUAAUGGCGUGGACACAAAAAAAGACGUGGAAACAUUAUACCUCUAUAAAAGCAAGAAUGGGGGCCAUAGAGAGUUAUCAUAGUAAAGUUUGACUAUCAUGAAAAGGAUAUCGGAUCUACCGUGCCAAAUCAAUUAGAGGGGGGAGCUGGGUCAGAAAUGUGCAGGGCCGGUGGACAAGCUAUGUCAGAAAAAAGCCCAAAAAAUGCUUCUGAAGAGAAAUAGCAUGUUGCAGUGUGUACAAGUAACAACUCAAGGAUCCAGAGGCCAUGUAUUUGUAUUAUGUAUUUCUAAAUCAGUCAAAUCAAUAACGCACAGUAUUUCUCCAUGUCUCCAUUAAAUGAAAUGUUAGCCUAUUUUCUCUCACUCAUUGGAAAAGUUUGUAUCUGUUGGCUAUACUCCUAACUUUUUCUCAUCAGAUUUACAAGACGGGAUAACAUCAGAAACUAAAAAAAACAAAGCAUUUUUGAAAAAGCCAACUUUUAUUUGAAUGUAUUUAUUUAAUACAGACUUUGAGAGAAAUCCUUUAUUAACAUCAGUGACACAAAGUGUCACUGGCUGUUAUUAGUUUUACAUUACCACAUUUUGGCAGAAGGAUAGCUGGUCUUCUCCUGCUCUGUAUGUUUCAGCAGACAGAGCGAUUUGAUCUUUCCUCUUUGCAUUGUGCAAAGACAAUGUUCUGGGUUGCAUCUUAUGAUCUGUUAUCUUAGGUCAUCCCAAAGGUUUGGGGUCUGGGAACUGAGAUGGUCAUGGAAAAAUUGAUUUUGUGUCAUUUGAACCAUUACCAUGUUGAUUUGGCCAUAUGUUUUGGAUCCUGCAGAACCAAAUUGCAAGCACUCUAACAAGGUCCUGUUUUAUGCUCUCUUCUCUUCAGCUCACCAUACAGAUUUUAUUUUUUAAAUUGAUCGUUGAUUAUUGGGUUGACAUUGUGUCUGGUGAACAGUUUCUUUGUUGUUAUGGCCAUGUGUUUCUGAUCAUUAAUGCAUCGAAUCACUGGAUUAUGACCAAUUAAAUUUUUUUAGGGGAGUACGCCAACAUUUUAUGAAGACGUUGCCUGAUAUUUCAUGAUGCUAUGAAAUAAGAAAUGUCUUCCCAAGAGCUCUGUAAAGAGAUCCAGCUCACAACAUUAUCCUCAUCUGGUCAAAGCAAAAACAUUAUAGUUAAGGUCUGAAAAUAGUUUAACCAACUCCACAUGUUUACAUUUGUGAAAGUAGGAUAGACAAAGCUUAUAUCGGGUAUUUCUCAAAUAACCAUUUGGUAUAUAUAGGUAGCAUCUCAUGGCUAAUGUGGAGAGUUGAUGAUGCCAAGUUGUCACUAUUUGUUGAUGUCCCCUUACAUUAAGCUUUAGAGUUGUUUUUACCUCGCUAUCAUUCUGCUGACUGGUUGCGAGACAAGUGUGGGUCCUGAUCUAGCUGGUGCUAAAAUACGUUUACCUCUGAAAGCAGUAACUUUCAUUUGUAUUAUACAUUUGUUUCAUUGAGAGAUAGCUCUCAGUUUGUGAAAAUGGCAGCUGGUUGUAAAACAUCAUGCGCUUAACCUUUAUUGGCCACUGCUGUGUAAGGAGGCUCUUAAUAGUGCAUCAUUACUGAAGUUUUUAUUCUGAAAUAAUGAAUAUCGGUUCAGGAUUUGGAUAAUGGACAAUUACUGCAAGCUUUUGUAUGUUUUGUCUUUUUUUUCUUUGCUUAGAUUAUUUUUCUUUAUAUGUCUGAUAUGUCAAAUCUCAUGUGUCAUUAAAACUAAAGCAUAAACAUUGGAAAAAAUAUCAGAUUGUGAAGAGUUCAAGGAAUCCAGUUACUGUAAUACCUAUAUUCUUUUCUUGAAUGGGACAGAACUGAUAAUUUUUUGUAAGAUUUAAAUAUUUGUCAAUCAAGGAACAAAUUGUAGUAUGAUAUGCUAGAAUUAGGAACCACACAUUUUAAAUUUAAAGGUUAUGCUAAUUUAGCCUAAGAUUUUACAGCUUGCAAAAUAAAAGGUUUGUGAUACAUUUAUAUUUCCAAAAAUAAAUACAUUUUGCUGAAGAUCGUAUUUACAUGACUAAGUAAUGAUGAUCAAAAUGGAGUUCAGGAAUGACAUAAAUUAAAAAAGGACAGCUAAUUUAAUUUUAUCCACAUACAUGUUUUAAAGUAUAGCUGCUCAGAAACAGCCUAAAUGUACUCCACUUUGUAAGAGAGUAUAAUGGCAGAAAAAUAUAAAUUAGCUGAAGGAUCAAGUCAUCAGUGAAGAUAAUCAUCUCAGGUAGGUCACAGGUUUGAAAUAGGGAAAUCCGUUCUCAUACUAAUGUUCCACUUACAAGGCACUAUCAAAAGAAUUGCUGUUUUUUUUUUUCCUUUUCAUGUGUUUGAUCUUAUCAAAUAUAACUGGCCCCAAAACCUAUCAGUGGGAGUUCAGACUGAGUGGCGUUAUCAUGACAAAGGCUUGAGAAGGCGAACCCAGGUGAGGCAGAAGAACCAAAAGAAGAUAAUCAGAGCAUUUGUUAAAGCAACAGCCAAAGGGCAUGCAGGCAUAAAUUAGCAAUCCAGUAAACGCCGACUGAAAACCGUCGAGCUAAUAGUUCAUGGUCUCAUGACGAACAUGCAGUCACACCUCCUGUGAGAUUCUUAUCUAACUGGAAUUACUCCAUGCCUUUUUCUUCUGUAUAUUUCAGUCACAUUACUGGAUGCUGUGAUAACAGAGAAGUGGGUUUUCUGCCUCUUCACACAAAUAAGCAAACUUGGUGCAUUUGUAUUUGUUGAGCCAAGACAAAUUUAGUGUCUUGUAAGGAUUAUUGUUUGCCUUCUGAUAAAGUGUAAGGCAACGGAACACCGUGCUUUUCAGAUACAAGCAGAACUAUCAGAAAGAUCUACAGAAAUCUGGAGAAUGCUGUAUCAAUUUGGACUUAAAAGAGAAAUGACAAAAUUCGCAGAAAAUAAUGUAGCAUGUGUAAAAUAAAAAGUUACAUUAACUGCUGGAUAUCUGUGUCGCAGAGCUCAAAAGAAACUUAUAUUUUCACCUGUUUCUGUAAAGCUGCUCUCAUGAGGUUAGCAUUAAGGGCAACAGAUUUGACAAUAGAGAGCUGACUAUGUCAGGUCAUGCAAAACCUAUUAAUGUUUUAAUAGAGAUUAAAAUAUUUAAACUAAGUACACAAUUGACAUUAAACAUGUCCUUAUGACCGCCAUAUCUUGUGUCUUACCAAUUUUGUUCGAACAUCAUUAAUUCCUUUUCCCUGAAAAAAUCAACAGCUCCUAAUUUCUGGUCAGUUUUAGAUAAAGCAUAAAAUCCCCCAAUCCCUCACACUGGAAACACAGAAUUAAUUACUUUACAUGCACAUAUAAAUUCGGCCACAAGAGGGCACUUUUCUUUCUAUCAGUGUUUUUAUUGUUUUAUUGCAGCUUUUAUCAUCUUAUUUUUUAUUUAUUUCAAAUGUUGUACUAAUAACUUUUUUAUUCUAUCAAUCUGAAUUUGUAAAGUUGAAAAGUGUAACAAAUACUCAGAGCAUGCAUCCACUAAUUCAACAUAACAUUAUUAAAAUGUAAUCUAAUCUAAACCUAGAAAGAAAAAAAAUCUAACCUGGAAGUAAUUCAGUAAAUUACUUGCAUGUACGCAGUGUAAUUUGGUUAAAAUGGAAUCUGGUCUGUGCUGGGAAUUAAUUUCUAGAAUUAUAUUUCAAACUCUCUGCAUUGCAAGAUGCUCUUUCUCAUGGUUGUCAAAAAAUUAUUUGUUUUUAAAGCUUAUGGAAAUGGAAGACACCAUUUUUUCCAUUACAUACUCUGUGUAUUUAGGAAGGAGGGGGCUUUUGCAAUGCUAUGCAGAAAAAUGCACUCCUGAACUUUAUCUCCAUUUUGUUGGCAUUUUAUCCCAACACACCCCCAUGAAGUUUUAAAUAAUGUUCUUAAUUAUCAUGUGUAUGUAUGGUGUGCAUAUAAAGUCUGCCUCAUAAUCUCAAACAUCUAAAGAAACUUCAUUCCAACCAGUUGCCUUGAGAAAUCCCCUAAUUAGUAAAUCAAGUCCACUUAUGCAUAAUUUAAAUUUGGUAUAAACACAGUUGUUCUGUGAAGGUCUCAAAGGUUUGUUAGAGAACAUCAACAAAUAAAGGACAUAAUGAAGACUAAGGAAAACACCAGUAAGGUCAGGGAAAAAGUUGAGACCAUAAUAGCUUAGUUAACAGCUUUGACAAACAUUAUACAGACGGUUUGUUUCAAGCGGGGUUUUAAAGGAUUAUAAUGUUCUGACAUGACUUGCACAAGUAUUCAUAUACUUCUGACAUGUGAACAGUCUUUGCUGUGAGCUAUCCAUUGUAGCUCUGGAUGUAUGCUUAAGGGUUGAGUCCUACUUUAAGGUGAACCUCUGUUCCUGUCUUAAUAGGUUUUCUUACAGGACUGCCCUGUAUUUAGCAACGACACUGACACACUAUAAUAAUCUCCACCUCAUGAUGCUGUCAUCAAUGUGGUUCUCCUUCAACUUCAGGUUUUAGUCUCACAUGACCAGCAUCUUGAAUGAUUUUUUUUACAGUACACGACAUGCCAUUAUAUAGGUAGAUUGUAAAGUGGAGUCUAUCAAUACUCUCCUUGUCUGUCCUGUCAGUUUAGGUGGACGGGCAUGUCUUGGUUUGCAUUUACACCAUACUCCUUACGUUUCCAUUCAAUUUAAUGAUGUAAUUUGUUCAUUUAUGCUUUCUAAGAGGGGCUUCACAAAACAGCUAUUUAUGUAGACGUCGAAUUAUACACAAGUGAAUUGUAUUUGCUAUAGUUCUUCAGGCAGUUGGUUUAGCUGGAUUUUACUUAGGGUUAUCAGGAUAAUGUAAUAAGAAAUGGAUGUGUUGGCAUAAAAUGCCAACAAAAUGGAGAUAAAGUUCAGGAGUGUCACGUAUAUCAUUGUACUUUCUCUUCACAAUAAUGUGCUACUGUGAUUUGGAACAUACAUUCUUUCAAGUUUGUUGUUGCAACAUGAGAAGCGUGAAUGCUUUUGACAGACAUUGCAGUUGCUGUUGAAGGUGUCACCGCCGUUGCCCUGCUAGGCGCUGUCCGAUGACUGUGGUGCUGAAACUCAAAGCGACAAUCUGACAGCGCUUCUUGCUGUUAGAGCAGGUGCCCAAUUUUAAUUACACGGUUUAAUGGGGCGCAUCGGUCACAUGAUGCUCGUUGUGACACCAACCAGAUGACAACGGAUCAGAAAAUCAAUCUGAACAUCUCUUUUGUGUAGCUCUUUAUUCUCUCUCUCUUUUUUUUUUUUUUUUUUUUGUCUAUUCCGGUAGUUGUUUCACGGUUAGAUUUAGCAUCCCUGUUCUCUGGUUUUGCUCCAGCGGGAGCUCCACACAAGUCUGUGAACCGGAUGGAGCUGAACUGAAACCAGGUCAAACUCACACUUAGAGAAAAACAAGAAAAAGAAAAUAAAAAUGCACAUGGGAGGAAAAAAAAAAACGUUUUUAACUCAUUUGAUGCCGAGUACAUGUUAAUUAUUAACAUAAAUAACCGGUGUGGUCAAAUGAAGCUGUGCAAUAUGGGGGAAAAUGGCGGACAAUGUCCACGGACAAAGCGGCUCUGCUUUUGCUCAGUCUAACGAAGAAGAAUACGAGUGCAAAAUCUGCUACAACCACUACGACUUGGACCGCCGCAUGCCCAAAGAGUUGAGCUGCUCCCACACCUUCUGUCAGCAGUGCCUCGAAACUCUGCACUCACGAGAGGGUCGAGGAUGGAGGAUCGGCUGUCCCGUGUGUCGCCAUCGGACUCCGGUUCGGGAAUAUCAGGUUCAAAAUCUCCCGAACAACAGGGCGCUGUUCGAGGCUCUUCCGCUUAGAGUGCAUCAACGUCAGAGCUUAUCAAACACGGAAGAACAACAGACAAGUCCGUCCGGAUCUUUUGCCACCGAGGAACGCUGUGACACCUGCAAGAACGUAGCCUUUACCACGGGCUGUGUCUGCGCCAUCUUCUCCUUCCUCUCCAUGGUGGUGCUUUUAUUUCUGGGCCUCAUUUUCGUGCACAACUUCAGCCAUAUAGCGUCGCCUGUCGGCCCAGUUUGUCUGUUCGUCGCCAGCGUCCUGGCUCUGCUCUCUAUAAUAUUCACUUGGUUGAUGUGCAUGCUGAAGUAUGGAGCAGAAACAGAAGCGAGCACGCUUAGUUCCCUCACCUCUAAUGUAAUGUGAUCCUCAGAGUUUGAACUGGACUUUUGAAAUGGGAUAUUUAGAGGUGUGAAAUUCAAAGCCUUGACGCGCCUCCAUAGUGAAUUUUGAGAACAAUUCGAAUUGUCAAUAAAUGACUGUGUGCUUUAUGAAAAUGGA